GAAGAUGAAGAUGGCGCCAAGAAGAUUGAGGAGUUUGAUGGGAAUUCUCAUUUCCCAAAUCCCAAAUUGCGAAAUGGAUGAAAAUUUGAUUUCCAAUUCCACUUUGUCUUUGGUUGUUUCUGUGAAUGCGAUUUACUCUCCAAUGGCUUCAGAACCCAUCUCCUGUAUGUUGGAAUCCAUGCGAAUGAGUCAAACCCUAGCAGAAAAUGGCACCACAUCCGUGAUUCUAACUUGUCUUCAUAUACCCUCUUCUUCUCUCAUCCACAUUUACCGAAAAUAUAUUAUCUUUUAGAAUUUUGGUUUUUGUUCACUAUACUUUUAGUAUACUUCGAUCUACAAAAAGUAAGUAAUUUGCCUUUUCUUUUCUUUUUCACUUCACCAUUCUUGCCUUUCACGAGAUAGCCUGAAUUAUAGCUUCAUUUGUGGGGCUCUCUCUGUUCAAUCAUUCUAUCUAUAUAUAUAUAACUCCUCACAUGUGCUUCCUCUUAUUUACUCCUCCCAGCCUUUUCUUUUCAUUAUUCAUUUGUUGGAUUACAUGCUUCUGAAUGUGAUCUUGGGUUAUGUUCUUUCUGAAAUUAGGAGUCUUGCAUUCUGGGUUCAUUAGUAACUAUUAGAUGCUUUUGAUUCUUUUCACUGGGUUGUUCUACACCUACCAGUUUCUUUGUGUCUUGAUCGUAUCCUCUCGCUGAAUUCAGAUUUUCCAUCUAUUUCAUAUUAAUUCAGCUCUGAUUUGAUUCUUUUUUCUCCUGUCCUCUAUUUGGUUGUUAUGAAAAUUUGUCAGUUUCUUAAAAUGUGGGUGGUUUUGGUGGUCUUAUUGGCAUUCCUCCUCUGUAAUUGUGAUUCUCUAAAGGAGUGUACAAACACUCCUACUCAACUUGGAUCACAUACUUUUAGAUAUGAGCUCUUAUCAUCAGGUAAUGUUACUUGGAAGAAAGAGAUAUUUUCCCAUUACCACUUGACACCAACUGAUGAUUUUGCUUGGUCUAAUUUGCUACCAAGAAAAAUGUUGAAGGAAGAAAAUGAAUAUAAUUGGGAAAUGAUGUAUAGACAAAUGAAAAAUAAAGAUGGGCUGCAAAUUCCUGGUGGUAUGCUCAAGGAAAUUUCUUUACACGACGUACGGUUGGAUCCAAGCUCAUUACAUGGGACGGCUCAGACAACAAAUUUGAAGUAUCUAUUGAUGUUGGAUGUGGAUAGGUUGCUUUGGAGCUUUAGGAAGACAGCUGGUUUGCCUACACCUGGAGAACCGUAUAUUGGGUGGGAAAAAUCAGACUGUGAGCUUCGUGGUCAUUUUGUAGGUCACUACUUAAGUGCGUCAGCCCAAAUGUGGGCAAGCACUGGCAACCCUGUGCUUAAAGAGAAGAUGUCUGCACUAGUUUCUGGUUUGGCUACUUGUCAGGACAAAAUGGGCACAGGAUAUCUUUCUGCUUUUCCCUCCGAGGAGUUUGAUCGUUUUGAAGCUGUUCAACCUGUUUGGGCGCCAUAUUACACCAUCCACAAGAUAUUGGCAGGAUUGUUGGAUCAAUAUACUUUUGCUGGUAAUUCCCAAGCCCUAAAAAUGGUUACAUGGAUGGUUGAGUACUUCUACAACCGGGUUCAAAAUGUCAUAUUGAAGUAUACUGUAGAGAGACACUAUCGGUCACUUAAUGAAGAAACUGGUGGCAUGAAUGAUGUGCUCUACCGGUUGUACAGGAUAACAGGAAAUACAAAGCAUUUAUUACUGGCACACCUUUUUGACAAACCGUGCUUUCUAGGCCUUCUUGCCGUUCAGGCUGAAGACAUUUCAGGUUUCCAUGUUAAUACACAUAUCCCAAUUGUUAUUGGAUCUCAAAUGCGGUAUGAAGUCACUGGUGAUCCACUGUAUAAGGAAAUAUCCACAUAUUUUAUGGACAUUGUUAACUCCUCCCACAGCUAUGCAACAGGAGGGACAUCAGUGCAUGAGUUCUGGAGAGAUCCCAAGAGAUUGGCAGAUGCUCUAGGAACGGAGACUGAAGAGUCAUGUACAACUUACAACAUGCUUAAGGUCUCUCGCAACUUGUUCAAAUGGACCAAGGAAAUAGCAUACGCCGAUUACUAUGAGCGGGCUCUUACAAAUGGGGUGCUGAGCAUCCAAAGAGGAACUAACCCUGGGGUAAUGAUUUACAUGCUUCCAUUAGGUAGUGGAAGUUCUAAAGCCAGAAGCUACCAUGGAUGGGGGACCCCGUUUGAAUCUUUUUGGUGUUGCUAUGGCACAGGAAUUGAAUCAUUCUCCAAGUUGGGAGAUUCUAUAUACUUUGAGGAGGAAGCACAAACUCCUUCGCUUUAUGUUAUCCAGUAUAUAUCAAGUUCUCUUGAUUGGAAAUCAGGAAAUGUUUUGCUAAAUCAGGAAGUUGAUCCUAUUCAUUCAGAAGAUCCAAAACUCAGGAUGACAUUGACAUUUUCUCCCAAGGGAUCAGUACGGUCGUCCACCAUUAAUUUGCGAAUUCCAAGUUGGACAAGUGCGAGUGGCGCAAAAGUUCUAUUAAAUGGUCAGAGUUUGGGAAACAACCCUAAUGGUAACUUCAAAUCGGUUACCAACUCAUGGAGCUCAGGGGACAAGUUAAGCCUCGAGAUACCCAUUAACCUAAGAACUGAAGCUAUUGAUGAUGAUCGAUCUGAAUAUGCUUCCGUCAAAGCGAUCCUGUUUGGCCCCUAUCUGCUGGCAGCCUAUAGUAGUGGUGACUGGGAAAUCAAAACCCGACAGGCCGAUUCUUUUUCAGACUGGAUAACUCCUGUUCCUUCCGUGUACAAUACUUUUCUUGUUACUUUUUCCCAAGCAUCUGGGAAGACAUCUUUUGCCUUAACAAACUCAAACCAAUCAAUAACAAUGGAAAAAUAUCCUGAACAAGGGACGGAUUCUGCUGUCCAUGCUACAUUCAGGCUCAUCGUAAAUGACCCAUCUGCCAAAGUCACAGAAUUGCGAGAUGUUAUUGGCAAACGGGUCAUGGUAGAACCAUUUAGUUUUCCGGGAAUGGUUCUAGGAAAUAAAGGAAAAGACGAGAAACUUGAAAUUGCCGAUGCAAACUCGGAGGCGCACUCCUCCGAAUUCUAUCUAGUUGAGGGAUUAGAUGGAAAGAAUGGAACGGUAUCGUUGGCAUCCAUAGACAAUGAAGGCUGCUUUGUUUACAGUGGAGUGAACUAUGAAUCUGGUUCACAGUUAAAGCUAAGCUGCAAGUCAAAGCUGUCAUUAGAUGAUGGAUUCGAUGAAGCGUCCAGUUUUGUGAUGGAAAGUGGAGCAAGUCAGUAUCAUCCAAUAAGCUUUGUUACAAAAGGAUUGACAAGGAACUUUCUUCUUGCACCAUUGCUGAGUUUCGUAGAUGAAUCUUACACAGUUUACUUCAACUUCAAUGCUUAGCCAUGUAGGUUGAAAGAUUGAAAUAGUCAUCAGCUUUUUACGUUUACAAUUAGUGGUAGGGUAGGUAACUAUAUCGAUUAUUCAGUGAUCCUCUUUUCAUUUUUCAUCAAUUUCUCAUUAGCUCUGAAAGCAAUGCACGUAAGUUGAUCCGGAUAUAAAAAAGAAAGAUGUUUAUAGCUUGAAUUGUGUUUUUAAUGCUUGAUGCAGUGUACCCAAGUUGUUGUCACUGUAUUAGAUACUCAUUUCAUUAAUAUAUAUAGCAAUGCAAUGAAUAAAAUUCUUUAGCA